AGAGUGAAAAAGAGGAUUUUGUUCUGAAGCAGCAAUUAUUUCAGGAGGCACAUGACCAUAUGAUGCUAUCAAGUGGAUCCCAGUGAAGUUGCAAUGUUCACUGGAGUCACCAAGGCAACUUAUAGAAGUCCCAGAAGCGCCUCAUCUGUAUCUCAUCUCAGCUGUUUAAUGGUUGAUUGUCUCAAGAAGCACUUUGCUAAGUUUAAGUUCACGAAUGCCUCCUACCUUCUGACAGAUGAUUGAACUCGUACUUUAAUGAACAGAUCCUCUGAACUUGAUGAAAAUAUAUUCUCAGUUUCAGACUCUGGAAAGGAUAACUUCCUCUGCCUGGUGAAAUGCCGUACAGGUAGUCCACUGGAAUCUCAGGGAGUAUCCUGGACCCUGUCGAUGUCUUCUUCCAUGGGAUAUACCUCCAACUGCUCUCUCUCUCACCAUCCUGAGAGGAUGAGCGGGCCUGAGCUCCUGAGAAUUGUGCCUUUCCUCAUAAGAGAAAUUAAAGACACCAGAUGCCCUUGAUAGCCAGGCUUCAGCAGCUGCACUGUGUGAAGCAGAACAUGACAUCGAGCUGGAGGAAGAGCCAUGGGCAGCCUGUGCCAUCCCGAUGACACCCCCGUGGGAAGACGACCUGAAGCACUUCCUGCUGAAGAUCAAAGACUACGGUGUUCACUGUGGAUUGCACCUCAGCAUCAAACGAAAUUCUUACCACUGCACCAGACCGAGGAUGUGGCUGCGUGCUUCACCCGUGAGGAAUGGGCCAGCCCGAGCCCUGCUCAGAAGGCCUUGUACAGGGAUGUGAUGCUGGAGAACUAUGAGCUGGGUAAUGCCACCUGCUUCCACACCAGCUCUGAUCUCUCAGCUGGAGGAAGGGGAAGAGCCACAGUUCAGGCAGGCGCAGGGUGCUCCGGGCAGGAGGGGCAGGAGAGCAGCUCCAAGAAGUGCAUGAAAGGUCCGAUGCCAGCUAUGUCCGCCACAGGCAGCCCCCAGGAGCCCGUGACCUUCGAGGAUGUGGCUGUGUACUUCACCAAGAACGAGUGGGUCAGCCUGAGCCCUGCUCAGAAGGCCUUGUACAGGGACGUGAUGCUGGACAACUACGAGGCUGUGACCUUCCUGGCAGGGCCACCUGCUUCCAAACCAGCUCUGAUCUCUCAGCUGGAGAAAGAGAAAGCGCCGAGGUUCAGGCAGACUCGGGGCGCACUGAGAAGGAGGUGCCAAAGAGCAGUUCUCGCAGGAUACAUUGCGAAGAUAAGAAGAUUCACUUAUUUAGCCAAAAUAACAUUAUCAUAUGCAGUACAAUUUAAAAUUACUCAAAAUCACCGCUGCGGAGAUGGCAGAACCAAGGCUUAAGUCUUACAACUAAAGAGCAAUUUUCAAAAUGAAGAAUUGAUGUAAGAGCCACCUUCCAAUUCCUCUUUCUGUAAACGCAGGCAUUUCCAUUGAUUCAGUGUUCUUCCACCAUUAAACCUACUCAUUUUGUUGUGCAAA